GAUACAUUUGAAGCAAAAUUCACAAACGCAAAAUUCAUAUAAACUGAUCCUCUAUCUAAAGUCUUUACCAAAACCAAAAUAAAAAAAUAAAAAAUCUCAUAUUCUUCGUUUUUAAGUGUAAAAGAUUAUGGACCAAAGUCUAUUAGAAGCCUUACAUGUGCGAAUGGAGGGAUCUGGCAAGAAAAUCCUUGUCCUAGCCCAUGGCUUCGGCACCGAUCAAUCAGCAUGGAAGCACAUUCUGCCGUUUUUCGUGCGCGAUUAUCGUGUUGUCCUUUAUGACCUUGUUUGUGCAGGCAGUGUUAACCCGGAUACCUUCAAUUUCGGUCGUUACACUUCUCUUGAUGCCUAUGUUGACGACCUUUUGCAUAUCCUCGAUGCCCUUGGUGUCGAUCGUUGUGCUUAUGUUGGUCACUCCAUCUCUGCCAUGAUCGGGAUUUUGGCCUCUAUUCGCCGCCCUGAGCUCUUCACGAAGCUCAUCCUCAUAGGGGCUUCUCCUAGAUUUUUGAAUGAUGAAGACUACCAUGGUGGCUUCGAACAUGGAGAAAUCGAGAAAGUGUUAUUAGCAAUGAAGUCUAAUUACGAGGCAUGGGUAAACGGUUUCGCUCCUUUAUCAGUGGGAGCCGACGUGCCGGUAGCAGUGAGGGAAUUUAGUCUAACAUUAUUCAAUAUGAGGCCAGACAUAGCACUAUUCGUAUCACAUACUGUUUUUAGUAGCGACUUAAGGGGAGUAUUAGGCCUAGUGAAGGUGCCAUGUUCAAUAAUUCAAACUGCUAAAGAUGUGUCGGUGCCGAUUUCAGUUGCAACUUAUCUGAAGAACCAACUCGGCGGGCACAGCACCGUGCUUAUGUUGGAUACUGAGGGCCAUUUGCCUCACCUUAGUGCCCCUAAUAUGUUGGUGGAAAAGCUCCGGCUAGCUUUAUCUGGGUGAAAUCAUGUGUCAUGUCCCAUGUGUGUGUACUGCCUAAACUAUGUGGGCCAAUCCGGACCAUUGAAACGUAAGGAAUAAGAUAGGGCAGAUGUUGAAACAUUGCUAAUAUAAUGUGGACAUGAGUUUAAUGGGAGUGUUACUUAAUCGUUUAGAAGAGGGUAAGAAUUUGCUCGACUUUUUCCCUUUUU